UAGAGUCAGAGUCACAUCUCAGGAGAACAAUGAAUAGGAGUUUUCUAGCCUACGCUUUAUCAUUUUAAUAGGCUGUAUUGCUUGUAUAUUUUUGUGAGAGUCGUUCAACAGACCUCUAUUGAUUUAACAUACUUUUCAGAUGUGCAUUUGAGAAAAUGAAUUUUCCUCCAGAGAUCAGUGUUUUAAUUCUGUCUCUGACGGCACCGUUUGUUCUCUACACAAUGAACCAUGUGUCCUGGUUACAAGAUCCACAGGUUAUAUUGGCAAUUGGCAUAACGGUUCUUACAACUGUAUAUCUCCUGGCAAACCUCAGUAUGAAGAGUAUGAAAUGUACUGAUCCACUCUUCUAUGUGUUUGCUGUGUUUGCUUUCACCUCUGUUGUUGCCAUGACGAAUGCUUUACAGCAGGACGGGUUCAUCAAAGGCUUUAUGGACUUUUACAUCAGCAAGGGGGAGCCUUACUUGAGUACCGCCCACUGCAUCAUGAUGAGCUACUGGGAUGGAGUCGUUCACUAUGGUCUGCUUCUUAUCAUGGUCCAUCGGAUCGCCGCAGGGAAGCCGUUCCGCAGUUUGGCUCUGGUGUGGGCGGGAUCUAUGAUAGCCAAUCAGAUCGUGUUCAUCCCAGGCAUCAUUGUAGGUAAAUAUGGGAAAAACAUCCAGCCUGCUUUCUGGAGAAAUGUCCCUUUCUUGGUUUUACCAGUAUGGGCGGCAGUCAAGCUUUUCAAUAGGCCGAGAGAGCUGCCAAUCAUUCCUGCUGACAAGGUGGAGGCACAGCAGAAGAAAGGAGUGCUGUCUCGACCCAUAGACCUUCUUUUCAUACUGAGUCUCUCAGCAACUAUGAUCUUCACUGUGUUCAGAGGGUUUGUCAUUCUUGAAUGUUCUCUGGAUUCUUGUUUUAACUACAUCUAUCAGUACGAGCCGUACAUGAAAGAUAACGUUGGCUUCCCAAAAUUUACAAUAAUGGUCUUUCUGUUCUAUGGAUUUCCGCUCUUGACGGCAUGCAUAUAUGGGCUGUAUACACCUGGAUGUACAUGGAUGUUGGACUGGACGCUGUUUCUAGCAGGAGCUAUAGCGCAGAUGCAGUGGACUCACACUGGAGCAUCUCUGCACUCGCGCACACCGUUCACCUACCGCAUCCCUAAAGACGAGUGGCGUCUGGUCGUCACACUGAACGUGCUGUAUGCACUGGUGCCUGUUCUCCUCGCCGUCCGCUGCUACACAGAUCAGGCCUUCUUCAUGAAGAACAUUCCUCCAGGACAAACCAGCAAUGGCAAGAAGAAACAAUAGAUGUCUGAAAGUUCAACUGUUUCAAAGGCUUUGUGCAAAAGAGAACCUCUGUGAUGAAGAAACCUGAAAUUAAACAUCUUCAAUGGGAUACUGAAGCUUCAAUUGGGGGCUUUUCAAAGGACAGAUGCUGUUUACAACUGAAACUUCAAUAAGUUAUUGAAAGGGGAAGGGAUGAACAAAUUAUCUUUGUAUUUUGUUUAAUUGGGGGGAUCAGACCGAUUAGGCCGAUACGAUUUUCUACUGUACAUUCAAAUGUUUUGGUGUCAUCAUAUCGGUUAUUGCUGAUAACCUAAAAAAAACUAUUACUAUUGGCCAACAUUAUUAUUAUUAUUAUUAUUAUUAUUAUUAUUACUAAGCUAUCGUAUCAGUCUGAUUUGGCCAUUACUGGAAGCAAGUUAUUUAC